AUGGGAAACUGGUGUAUAAAUGCGUCGCAAAAAAUUCAAAGUAUUCAAGACUUGCAAUAUUUUAACUCCGUAUUACUCAAAGUAACAGACCGAGAUCAUCACGUCAGGCACUCAUCUGAAGAAAUUCACCUUCCAGGUCCAAUCCAUCAGCAAAGUCUUCUUACAACUGUAUAUAAAUUACCUUUAAGAAUAUGUGGCAGUGUCCUUCCAAAUCUCGAUCACCUAGAUGGCAAAGCAAACCCCUCAAUGGACACUUACGCUUUUCUUUCCAAAAAUGGCUCGCUUUUUUGCAUUCUUUUCGAUGGACAUGGAACAGAAGGUGACAAAAUAAUUGCCUACUGUAAAAAGUUUAUGCUGAAUUACUUCUCAGAAAACACUGAAAAAUUUGAAAAUAGCCCAAAAGAAUCAAUAACUGAGAUGGUUAUUCAGUGUGAUGAAAAGUUAAGUGAGAGCGGGAUCAGUUACUCCUUAUCAGGAUGUACAGCGGUAGUACUUGUUAUAAACUCUACAGGAAUCCAUAUCGGGAGUGUAGGCCAUCCCCAAGCUGUUUUAGCGACUCUGCCAAGUGAUGAUUCACCUACACUGAAUGAUGAAGCGCUUGAAGAAUCUGAUGGUGGGAUGGAGGCAGGGCCGUAUGUGAGAAGUAUCGAACCGUCUCGAAUUUUGGUACCAAUACCGCUGACUGUGAAACAGAAACCUAAUCAUGAGGUAGAAUAUAAGAGAAUAACAGAAGCUGGUGGAAUAGUGGAAAGAAUGGUAGAUGAGCUAGGCCAGCCUAUUGGGCCUUACAGAGUUUGAUUGAAUCCUGGCAACUUGCCUGGACUUACAACAUCAAGAACUAUCGGGGAUGCGCUUGCUAAAGAAAUCGGGGUGAUUUCGACCCCAGUGUGCAAUUCUUUUGAAAUUUACCCUGAAGCUGAUCAAUUCAUUGUAAUUGCCAGCAAUGGAAUUUGGGAUGUUAUGGAUCAGCUUGAUGUCAUCAAUUUUGUGGAAAAAUUCAGAACGUUUUGUAAAGGAAAAUCAUCUGAAUACCCUGCUAACGCUAAUAAUUCUUCAAUAGCUCGGCUUUUGUGCGAAGAAGCGAGAUAUUGUAAAUUCCCAUUAAUAGCCCCAUAAGCGGAUGAAUUACCCGCUGACUUUCAAAUUGGUCCGACUAAAACUAGUAAUUUUGGUCAGACCAAAUUGCAAUUUUAGCAGUUAAUUCACCCGCUUAUGGGACUAAUCAUAGGAAAUAAGUAUAUAGGUGAUUUGGAAUAGUCGAAAAACAAAAUGCUAUGAUAGAUGAUAUAUCUUGUAUUAUUAUUGAGUUAAGUAAUGUAGUACCAACCAUGUCAUUGGGAGAGUCUGCCAAAGCUAGAGCCUCAAGAGUAUUAGAGCCUUGGAAAAGUCUUGCUAUUGAUAGUGAAGUUUAUUUUGGGAAUAAGCAUGCAAUAAGGAAUGAUCCUGCCAGAGGAAGCAUGACGACAGGAGAAAUACAAAAUGAAGUGAUUGAAGCAGCUAUGGAAUUGCUGAAAAAAGAAGAAGAAGAUGGGGAAUCAAACCAAAACGUGCUGGAACUACUCUAG